CACUAAAAAAAAAUCAGUGAUAAAUUUUAAAAUUGUCAUUAUCAUUUGUAACAACAAUAUUUUUAUCACAUUCAUAACAGUUCGAAAGUUAUUUAAACUUUAAAAGCUGUAUCACCCGAAAGGCCGCAAACUUGAACUUGGUUAAUGUUUAAAUAUUAUUUUAAAAGUGUAUUGACUCUUUGUGAACGUGUGUUGCGUACUUAAUAUAUAAUACGUGGCACGGAUACUCUCAGAUGCUGAUUUUUUCCAAAUCUUCUGAAAUGGGAUUUAUCACCCAAUUCAAUGGAAAGCCGAUAAUGGCUAGCAGAAAAAAAGUGUUUAUUUUCUUCGGUUUGGGGAUCAUUUGUUUAACAUUAGCAGCUGCAUUGAUAUUUACUGAUCCCAUCCUCGCCAUAGCCAAAUACAGAACACGAGUGGCGAUAAAUUCAAGAGUGCACGAUCUCAUGAAAGGUCCAGUUACUACUGUUCACAUCUCAGUGUACUUGUUCAACGUUACCAAUGCGGAGCGGUUUAUAGCUGGCGAGGAUGAGAAGCUAAAGGUUGAAGAAGUCGGACCUUUUACUUACAGAGAGGAUAGAAAAUUUGAUAAACUAGAAAUAGACGAAGCGGCAGGUGUUAUGCGAUACAGCCCUCGAUUCGACCCCGUGUUCAUGCCGGAGGAGUCCAUCGCGCAUCCUAAAGAUGUUUAUGUCACUAUGCCUAGCUUUUCAAUGAUGACCUCAGUGUCAAUGAUGAGCCACCAUCCAUAUUUGAGUCGCAUGGCGUUCAACAUGCUGGCCAAACAGAUUAACUCCAAACCAAUGGUGUCCAUAGAAGCCCACAACUACCUGUGGGGCUAUGAGGACACCCUUCUCACCUUGGGGCACACUUUCAUGCCUAGUUGGAUACAAUUUGAUACUUUGGGCUUGUUGGACAGAAUGUAUGACAAAAAUCUUGAGUACACCCUGGAGGUAGGAGCAAAACACGAAGACAAGUUUUUAAUCAAACAGUUGGACGGGUAUGCAGGAUUAAGAAACUGGAAUUACGAGGAUCCAAGUGAAAGGACCAAAUGCAACUCCUUCAUAAAUGCCUACGAGGGCCUUGUCUAUUCUACCGAUCUAACUCCUGAGACCCCCCUCAGGAUCUUUAGAAACGUCCUUUGUCGUAUGUUAGAGCUAGAUUACCACGACACCGUAACAAUGGACUACGGUCCAAAGGCUUUGUUAUACAAGAUCAGUAACAGAACGUUUCAGAAUGGUCCAGACAAAGAAUGUACCUGUCAAAGGGGAUUGUGUGUUGACGGAAUAUCGGAUUUGUCCCCUUGUUUUUAUGGAUUGCCUUUAGCGUUAUCAAACGCCCAUUUUCUGUAUGGUGGACCUCACUUAUUUGAACGUAUCGAAGGCUUGAAACCUGAUGAGCAGAAGCAUGGGAGCAAAAUCUUGAUUGAGCCGAAACUUGGCGUAGUCCUUGGGACAACGUUUUCAAUGCAAGUGAACAUAGUAAUUGGGGACGCAACUUACAACGAAGAUGCCAAACGAUUCUCCGACAUGAUUCUACCGAUUGGAUACUUUAAAAUUGUUAAACCGGCACUACCAGAUGAGGACAAAACAAUGAUGUACGACAUGUACAUUACUGGUCCUUAUUUAGUUUUGGCAAUGCAGCUAAUUUUAUUCAUCCUGGGCAUAUCAAUGCUUUUCCAUACGGCUCGUCUUCUGUAUUGGAACUGGGUCUGCAAUGGACAGCGAGGCAUGGAAUUCCAACUAUGUGAAGAUGAAAAGAAAAUGACCGUAGUCGACGUGGAUGUGCCAUUGAUGAACAAGAAUUCUGAAUUGUUGGAAAAACAUAGAAUAUGAUGCAGUGAAGCGAAUUUUCAGAUUCAUCUAGUAUUUCACGAAG